AUGGCCCGAGAGGAAUUGACUCCUCCGAAUCACUCGGACAAUUCAAUGUCAGGCUCAAUGGAUAAAGAAUCCGGUCCUAACGGGCCUGGUACUGCAGACCACGUGGAGAUCAUUCGUACUGGUUCAGGAGUUCCAGGAAACACACAUUAUAACGAGAAGGAUUUGCAAACAUAUGUGAACGAUGAAGCUCAUAAUCAUGAACCACCGAUGACUAUGAAUCGAUUGAUGUCCUUGGUGGCAAUGGCUUUCUUAUGGACAGGCUCACAAAUACCAGUAUAUCUAUUUGGAGGUAUACCACCAUAUAUUUACGGAGAUUUGGGGGGAUCGGAUAGGUGGACCUGGUUUGUGUUGGCCAAUCUACUUGCUUUGGCAGCAGUAUGUCCAUUCGUAGGAGCGUUGUCGGAUCUGUUUGGGAGACGGUAUAUUGCCAUGUUUGGUGCAGGCUUGAUUGUCAUUGGAAUGAUUAUCUGUUCCACGGCACAAUCUAUGAACGUCUUUAUUGGUGGAAUGGCUAUUGCUGGUGCUGGCGCUGGAAUAAACGAAUUAACAGCACUUGCUGCAACUUCGGAACUUGCGCCAACCGCGAAGCGAGGGAAAUAUGUGGCCGUGCUAAUCUUCACCAUUCUUCCAUUCUGUCCAUCUGUUCUCUGGGCUCAAUUGAUCUCAUCACAUUCGAGCUGGAGAUAUGUAGGAUUAUUCUGUGGUCUUUGGGCAUUUGUUGGACUAGUCAUCACAGCGGUAUUCUACUUUCCACCUCCUCGAGUAAAUUCGAAUGGCCUCUCACGAAAAGAGGUCAUCUCUCAAAUCGACUUUGUUGGGGGGUUCCUCUCAAUUGUUGGUUUGAUUCUUUUCGUCGCUGGUCUUCUGUGGGGUGGAUAUCAGUAUCCAUGGGGUUCUGCACAUGUACUUGUUCCACUUAUCCUCGGUGGUAUAUCCAUCAUUGCCUUCUGUUUCUGGGAAGUGUAUGGCGCCAAAAACCCCAUGUUCCCCUCUCGACUCCGAAAAGAACCACGUAUUUUAGCUCUCACACUCGUCAUCACCUUCAUCUCAGGCGCGAACUUCUUCUCCGUUUUGCUCUUUUGGCCUACACAAGCAUUCAAUGUUUACGGACAUGAUCCAGUUGGUGUCGGAAUCCGAGGUCUUCCCAUCGGUUUUACGAUUCUCAUCGGCGCAUGUAUUGUUCUUUGGCUCUUGUCGGUCUUUCGUGGAGGUAUCCGUAUGCUCAUGGUUAUUUCAUCCUGUAUGAUGACCGCGGGAUGCGGUGCCCUUGCCGCUGCUGAUCGCAAUAAUAUUAAUACUGUUUACGGUAUUCUCAUCAUCGCCGGUCUUGGAAUUGGUGGUAUUGUCGUCCCCGCCUCAAUCAUCACCACCAUCAUCUGUCCGGACGACCUAAUCGCCACAAUCGCCGCCCUCACCCUCGCCAUCCGCGUAGUUGGCGGCGCCAUCGGAUACACAACCUACUACAACGUCUUCCUCAACAAAUUCGUACCCGAACUAUCCGCACGAAUCGGGCUCGCCUGCUAUAAAAACGGCAUUGUCGACAUAAAAACCAUCACGCAUAUUGCUACUUUGACGAGCGAAAGUCUCCUAGAUGAUAUCUUACCGCUUGUUAAUAAUAAUGUUACGGUUUGGAAGGAGGUUGUGCUUGCGGGUCAGGAGGCGUAUGCUGCGGCUUAUCCGUGGGUUUAUUAUGUUAGUAUUGCUUUUGGGGUGGUUUCUAUUGUGGCGAGUGUGGGCUUGGGUGAUAUUAGUAAGUAUAUGGAUGAUCAUGUUGCGGUUGUUCUUCAUUGA